ACAUAUUUAAACUUUGGUAAAACACGUAUGCUCAAGCAGGCUACUGUCCAACUAAAUUAUUUAGGAAUACUACCUCGGUUACUGACACCGUUUAUAUGUGUCUAUGAUGAAGCAAACAUAUUGCCAACCUAUUUAGUUAAUGGUUAGGUUAUUACGUUUUUUAUCUCAGUGCAGUAAAUUGUAAUGUCCAAUGUGUUUAUAUAAGUAAAGGGAAAUAUAUCAAAUGUGCCUCCAGAUGGGAAAUACCAGGUAACGAGACUGGCUUUAGGACCCAGUGGGAUCCUGGUCCAUGCAGCAGUCUCUCUGUCUCUACGAGGACCAGAAAUCUGCAGUUCACAGAAUGAAGAGAUCAAAAUGAUGCUUCCUUUAAAAAGGGAUUAAACGAUUGAUCGGCGGAUUUCGAGAUCAGCAAAAUUUGUGUUUGCCCUGGUGGGGAGGAGAAGGGAGAGACAUGCUGCUGGCGAGCAUCCGUUGCGACGCCUGACCGACCAUGAUGAAGACGGAGCCCACAUCCAAGAGCACUGGCUCUGGAUCCUCGCUGAGGAGCCCAUCCCCGCACCGUAACGCGUACGAAGCCGGGAUGCAGGCCCUCAAGCCCGUGAAGGAGAACAAUGCCGCGAACGGAGACCUGCAGGAAGGCCCGCGGGGACGCAGGUACGGCUCCAACGUCCACCGUAUUAAGAACAUGUUCCAGCAGAUGACCACCACAUCGCCCUGCGCCGACGGCGCCGAAGAGGGCGAUGGCGAGGGCGGCGAGAUGGAGGACACAGACAACGCCGACACAUCGGUCCGUCUGUCCCUACCCCGAGCAGGGAGCUUGAACGAGAACGUGGACCAUAGUGCGCUUUUGAAACUGGGAUCUACGGUCUCCGACCGCGUUGGUAAACUAGACCCCAAGGCGGAGAACGGGCAGCAGCCGCAGAGAGCGUCGUCGCCCAGCUACUCCAAGCUGCAGGAGACGCGGCGGAUAUUUGAGCAGCAGCAGGAGCGGCAGCAGGAGAAGCUGGCGACCACGCGGGUGUUGCUGAAGACAGACAAGGCCUCGAGCUUCCAGGAUGGCCGGCUAGACGUCGGCCGCUUCAACGGCAGCACAGAGUCCCUGGACAGCCUAGACACCAGCGAGGCCGUGUCCCCCACGGUCAGCCAGCUGAGCGCGGUGUUCGAGCGCGCCGCCGAGCUCCGGAGCAACCUGCAUCGCCUGUCCUCCACGCCGCCCCUACCCUCCCGCGGGGUGUGCACCAAAGUGGGUGUGCUGCACUCAAAACUCAUCCCCAAGAGGGCCAGGGCGCUGCCGGUCAGCAACCACGAGGAUGAGGGGGGCCGCGGUCAGAAGGACCAGGAAGGGGGCCCGCCCAGGAGCCCCAGGGGAAGGACCACCACCAGCACACGGUCGCCCCCCACAUCUGACAGCCUCAACGGGGGCCAAAACGGUGCUGAACUCUCCUCCGGCCGCCACCAUCACCACCACCAUGCAGCGGAACCAAACGACCAGAAGAACCAAAAGUCGGUCUCGGAUGCGGGGGUCGAGGCGAAGAGUGGGGACGUGAAGCCCAGCAAGUUUAACCAGGGUCAGGACCCCGGCAGCACCCUCUCCAGCGGGGACACCCACGCCUCCGUGGGGAACGGGGACGCCACCGGCCGGCAGCCGCGUCAAAGCUCUCCGAAGGGGGGCACGGGCCAGGAUGGAGGGCCACAGGUGGACGGCGAGGGGGCAGAGGGUGAAGGGAGAACCGGGGAUGAGGAGCCGCAGUCGGGCCGCCGGUCGGGGGACGUCGGCACCUACAGCUCUGUGGGGGAGGAGUACGAUAGCCAGGUGGACGAGGAGGAAGGGGAGAGGGACGAGGAGGAAGACGAGGAGGAAGAAGAGGAGGAAGAAGAGGAGGAUGACAGCUACGAACCCGAGUCCAGCUGCGUGGAGGUCACUGGGCUGCCUGAGGAGGAGGACCCGCCGGCCUCUCGGAAGAUCCGCUUCAGUGUCGACCCGAUUAAGGUGAUCAUUCACUCACUCACUCACUCACUCACUCACUCACUCACUCACUCACUCACUCACUCACUCACUCACUCACUCACUCACUCACUCACUCACUCACUCACUCACUCACUCACUCACUCUGAAUGCUAAUUCCAUGUCCAUCUAAAGUUAGACUUGGGGAUUCCCUGUGGUUCAUGAAAAUUAAAACCCACAGAGGAAUUA